AGUCCGAAGUGGCCCAAGUGGCCCAGAUGGCCUUGAAAGGCGCGCUUGUGGCGAGGGGCCCGCCUUUUGACUUCCAAGGUGGACCCUUUCCCCGCCAUGCCGCCUCUCCGUAACCUUUUGGGGCUCUGGGCCUUUCUUGCAAUUUCAGGAACAGCGAGCAAAGUGGGAGGCGCCGGUUAUGAUGUGUCCGCGGACUGCCACAGUUGCUACAGCAGUGACGCUGGCAAUGUCACUGCUGUGGAGCUCCUGCAGACGCAUGUUGACUUGUCCAGCAAUGGCGCACAGCACGCCCCCUUUGCCCCCGUCAAGGAAUGGACGACAUCGCCAAAGGUGCUCCGCGUAAGUGGCGGCAUCCUCCUCGUGUGCCUUCUGUUUGUCUUGGGCUUCGGCAGCACGGACAUCCUUGUGGGUGUGGCAGUUUUUCUGGAUUUAUUUAUGACAACCGUCCUCACCCCUCUGGCGCCGACGCUCACGGCGGACUACCAGCUCAUAGCCCUUCUUACAAGCUCAAAGAACAUUGUGACUUGCCUGAUUGCGCCCUUCACUGGUCGCUUCAUUGACGGAAAUGAAGCCAAGUCCAUGCAGCUUGGGAUGCUGUGCGCGAUGUUUUGCACGCUGAGCUUGGCGGCGGUGAAGGAUUACUGGUUCUGGCUGGCAGUGCGGUGCCUCAGCGGAUGCUCGACGGCGGCGACCGUUUGGGGCGGCUUCGCCCUGCUCAACCAAGUGCAUUCCGACGAGGCCGCAGCGCGCACGAGAGCCAUGUCCACGGCCACGGUCAGCCUCUACGCCGGGGUCAUCCUGGGCCCGCAGGCUGGAGGCUUGUUUGUUGAUGACUCCGGCUUUCUUUUCCUCCUCCUCUCGGGCGCGCAACUGUGUACACUUUUCAUGCUGCUCUUCCGGCUGCCAGACCUGUCGCAGCAGAAGCAGACGCAGACCGACCAUGCAGCGAAGGUCGGGAUGAUGAGCCUGAUCAUGGACCCAGAUGUGCGAAAUCCAAUUAUUGCUUUGUUCUUAGCCUUGGCCUUCAUUGCAGCGCUGGGUUCCACAGCUUUUGAGCACAUGGUCCGCUUGGGGUAUGGCCAGAUGAAGCAGAACCUCACAUGGCUCCUGAGCUCGGUUCCAGCCAUCCUCUUCGCGUGCCUUGUCCCAGCGCUUCGAUCUCUCGUUGAAGGCCAGACGCUGCAGAUUCUCGCGAUGUUCCUGGGCGGCGCCAGCGCUUUGCUGUGUUUCGGCUCGAACUACAUCUUGCUUGCGCUUGCGCUGUUUGGCGCGAGUGUCGCGGCCGGGAUCGUGGACGGAAACACACCGGCCAUGCUGGCCGAUCGGAGCCAGGAGAAGUAUGGCGGGACGGGCCAGGUGUUCGUUCUGUCCAAUGUGGCUGAUCAGAUCGCUUUCGUUUUGGGCCCUGCUGCAGGCAGCAUCGUUUGCCAGCACGCAAGCUUUCACGUCAUGUGCCAAAGCUUUGGCGCGUGCAUGGUGCUGUAUGCUUUGUUCUUGUCCCUGUUGACUUUGAUGGAAAAGACACCGAUUUCUAAAUCUGGAAAGGACACAGGUGUGCCUUCUGAAGCCCCCAGUACAAAGUGAUUGCUGCCACACUCUUGGAACAAAGAGUGACGCGACAACUGAAGAUUUGCAUGCGUAGCAUCGUAGCAUGCAGUGAUGCAGCUAGUCAUGCAACUUGCUUGCCUUUCACAGAACUCAGCGGAUCAAGAGUUCUGCCAUUCCCUGCUUUGGCUGGCUUGGAGCCGUACGCGCGCAAGCCUAAAUGUGGCGCACCGGACGCAGAAGUUCCCUCGCUGCAG